GCAGCAGCGGGGACGAGGAGGUUACCAACGGCUCCCAGAGACACAGAGACCCAGCAUCUGAACAGGAGUUCAGCAACGCCUCCCUGCCUGUGCUGUCUGACAGCUCUCUCCCUCUCUUUCUCUCCCUCUUUAAUUCACACACUCGUUCACUCAAAUGCUCGACUCCUCUGCUUCGAAACUCCACCUGUUCGCUGGAGGGAGAUUAUCAGAAUUUCUCUCUCUCUUUCUUUAUUUACUGGGGAAACAAUGAGGACAGCAGCAGACAGGCUGGAGAAGUGAUCCCCCACACCGCGCUGCUAUAACCCAGCUACCCACCCACCUUCCUCCGUGUUUGUGCUGCUGUGCUGAUGAGAGAUGAUCGCGGAGCUGCUGUGCGGUGCUGUGGCUCUGCUGCUCUAUGUGAACACGCUGGACGCGGAUUUCUGCUACGAUGACAGUCGAGCCAUCAAAACCAACCCGGACCUCCUGCCCGAGACACCUUGGACCAACAUCCUCUUCAACGACUUCUGGGGCACGCUUCUGACCCACAGCGGCAGUCACAAGUCCUUCCGACCCCUCUGCACACUUUCUUUCCGCCUCAACUAUGCUCUGGGUGGACUGGAACCUUGGGGAUAUCACCUGGUAAACGUGGCCCUGCAUUGCUGUGUCACAGUCCUGUUCACUCUGUUCUGUUGCCCCCUAGUGGGUGGAGGUCGAUGGAGCUUACUGGCGGGGCUGCUCUUUGCCUCACAUCCCAUACACACAGAGGCAGUGGCGGGGCUGGUGGGCCGUGCAGAUGUUGGAGCAGCACUGUGCUUUCUACUUUCUCUGCUUUGCUACUCCCGUCACUGCAAGGUUCGGCCCGGGCACAGCUACUUUUUUGGAUGGACGGCUCAGGCGUGGCUGGCUGCGAGCUUAGCGGCCGCAGCAGCAGCCAUGUUGUGGAAGGAGCAGGGAGUGACUGUUCUGGCCGUGUCAGCCGUCUACGAUAUUUGCGUGGUUCACCGCAUGCGCUUGCGUCAGGUGCUGCUGCUGUUCCUUAAAAGGAGGAACAUAAGCCUGCUACUGAGUUUGGCUUGGCUGGCCGGAUGGGGAAUUGUCCUGCUGGCAGCUCGGCUGUACUGGAUGGGAAACAAGCCCCCAAACUUCUCCAACUCUGACAAUCCAGCCGCCGAUUGCCCUGAUCUCCUCACCAGAGCUCUCACCUUUCUGUACCUUCCAGCUGCCAAUGCCUGGCUCCUGCUCUGUCCUAAUACCCUCAGCUUUGAUUGGUCCAUGGAUGCCAUACCUCUGCUCAGGACAAUAACAGAUUGGAGGAACUUGUUCUCGGUUGCCUUUUACUCAGGUUUGGUUUUACUUGCCUGGUCUGGCUUGAGAAACAAAGAUUCUUCCACCUUCCACAAGUCUAAUGGAAAACUGCAUGUCACCAAUGGAAAGUCAGUGAUGAAUGGCCAUAUUGACAGUGAUUAUCAUCACAACAACAACCACCACCACCAUAAUGGUUUUACCACAUUAAAUUGUACUGAAAACUCUCAGAAUGGAUGUGCCAAGCCCUAUUCUUCACCCACUCAUACCUCUCAGCCAUCCAGUGAGAACAUGGUGGUCUUCUCCCUUAGUCUGCUGGCUUUGCCAUUCCUUCCUGCGACCAACCUGUUCUUCUAUGUGGGCUUUGUGGUGGCUGAGAGGGUGCUGUACAUCCCCAGCAUGGGCUUCUGCCUUCUCGUGACGCUGGCCCUGAGGUCAUUAUGUGUUUCUUUAAGACGAAAGAGCUCCAAAGUGCUGCUGUUCAGCUGUGCUGCCAGCAUACUUCUACUCUACAGCCUCAAAACUGUGAGAAGGAACCAGGACUGGCAAAAUGAGGAGACUCUCUACAAAUCUGGCAUUACUGUCAAUCCUGCUAAAGCUUGGGGUAACCUUGGCAAUGUCUUAAAGAACCAGGGAAAGAUGUCAGAGGCAGAGGAAGCAUACAGAAAUGCCCUAUACUAUCGUGGAAACAUGGCUGACAUGCUUUACAACCUGGGUCUGCUGCUGCAGGAGGGUGAGCGCUUCUCCGAGGCGCUGCAAUACUACAAACUGGCCAUUGGGAGCCGGCCUACCCUGGCCUCUGCAUAUCUGAACACUGGUAUCAUCCUGGUGUCUCAAGGAAAUGUGGACGAGGCCAAGCGCACAUUUCAGACCUGUGCUGGCAUCCCAGAUGAAAACCUUAAAGACCCCCACGCUCACAAGAGCUCAGUCACUAGCUGUCUGUAUAAUCUGGGCAAGCUGCUGCACGAACAGGGCCAGCAGGAGGAGGCACUGUACAUGUAUAAAGAAGCUGUAAAGAUCAUGCCUCGCCAGUUUGCACCUCAGAGCCUUUACAACAUGAUGGGUGAGGCCUAUAUGAGGCUGAAUAAACUUGAAGAAGCAGGUCACUGGUACAGAGAAUCGCUUAAGGCUAAACCAGAUCAUGUUCCUGCCCACCUGACCUAUGGGAAGCUACUGUCUAUUAUGGGUCAAACAGCAGAGGCAGAGCAUUAUUUCUUGAAGGCCACAGAGCUGGAACCCACCAAGGGAAACUGUUACAUGCACUACGGUCAGUUUCUGCUGGAACAGUCUCGUUUAACAGAAGCUGCUGUGAUGGCGGAGAAAGCUGCUGAACUUGACAGCUCUGAGUUUGACGUAGUUUUCAGCGCAGCCCAUAUGCUCAGGCAGGCCAGUCUAAACGAAGCAGCUGAAAUGUAUUAUAGGAAGGCAGCAGAUCUAAGACCUGAUUAUGCUGCUGCUCUGAUGAACCUGGGCGCCAUCCUCCACCUCAACGGGAAGCUGAAGGAAGCAGAGGCCAACUACCUCCGAGCCCUGCAGCUCAAACCAGACGAUCUGAUCACGCAGUCCAACCUGCGCAAGCUCUGGAACGUCAUGCACAAACAGGACUUGAGAAGCACAGGCUGAUAACUCAGCUUUAGGUGAAGAUCCUACAGACUCAGGUAGUUUGUGGUGAGAGUAUGAGGGUAUGAGGCUUGAGCUCCUCUGGUGUGGACAGUGUUGGUGGUGAUGUGGAGGCAGAUUGAGCAGCGCAGGCUUUAGAGCAGAAGCAGCUGCAGGAGUGUGUGAGUGUGACAGAUUGAGGACUGUGGUUGUGAAUGCUGGGUGUGAACUGAUCCACUGUGAUUGAAGGACGUCCACAUUACAGCGUUCUGACCGAGAGAGGAGUGCUGGAAGUGUUAGUACUUCAAACAGCAGUACUUCACUUCUUACGGAACUUCCACUGGGAAUGACAGUGGGAAAUGUGCCAUAACUGUGAUUACUGGUCAGAAGUCUGGGAAAAAAAGGCUCUAGAGACCAUUUAUCUCACGAACUUAAAACUGUAUCUGAUGUAAACUGAAGUCUUUUUUUGAACAUGAGUAAGAGGACUGUGGCAGCAAUUAAACAAUUCCAUAAUUGGUUUAUGAUUGUACGAUUGUUUAUCACAUUGUUGUCCCAAAUAAACUGCUAAUUUAUUUUUGU